AUGGGUCGUUCCCGCGGGAAUUUCCAAUCUGCUGAUGAAGACCCCACCCAGAGAUCAAGGAGGAAAAAGAAUGCUUCUACUGGUGAGAAUCUAGAAUCCACCUCUGCAGGGCAAGGUGCUGGUGAUGGGAAGAAGGCCUUGUACCAUUGUAACUACUGCAACAAAGACAUAACCGGGAAGAUCCGUAUCAAGUGUGCUAUGUGCCCUGAUUUCGAUCUAUGUAUAGAGUGCUUCUCUGUUGGAGCUGAGAUGCAACCUCAUAAGAGCAGUCACCCUUAUAGGGUUAUGGAUAAUUUGUCUUUCCCACUUAUUUGCCCUGACUGGAAUGCUGAUGAUGAAAUUCUGCUUCUGGAGGGGAUUGAAAUGUAUGGCAUGGGCAACUGGACUGAAAUUGCUGAGCAUGUAGGGACAAAGAGCAAAGACGUUUGCAUUGAGCACUAUAAUAAUGUUUAUAUGAACUCCCCAUACUUCCCUCUUCCGGACAUGUCUCAUGUUGUUGGGAAGAAUCGAAAGGAGCUUCUUGCUAUGGCAAAAGGAUCUUCCAUGCACGGGGAGCACAUUUUGAAGGAAGAUUCUCCAUUUUCUCCAUCCAGAGUCAAAAUCGAAGGUGGUUCCUCUGGCCGUUUACUGUCUCCAUUAAACACUGAUAUGGAAUCAGGAGGGCGUCCUAAUAACGCAAAUGCAUCAAAGACUGCUGUUAAAAAGGCAUCUGGUAUUGCCCGGGCUAAAGAUAGCCCGGAUAAUGUUAAAGUCGAAGAUCCUCAUAUAGAAAGGAGUUCCAUGGGGAAGAAACCAAAUUGUCCGGUUGAUGGUCCAUCCCUACUUGAUUUGAGUGGUUAUAACACUAAAAGGCAAGAGUUUGACCCAGCAUACGACAAUGAUGCUGAGCAGUUGCUCGCAGAGAUGGAGUUCAAAGAAAAUGACACUGAGGAGGAGCGAGAAAUUAAGGUUCGGGUCUUGCGUAUUUAUGGGAAGAGGCUUGAUGAGAGGAAGCGUCGGAAGGAUUUCAUAUUGGAGAGAAACUUACUGUAUCCUAAUCCUUUCGAGAAGGACUUAUCUCCUGAGGAGAGGGCAAUCUGUCGACGUUAUGACAUUUUCAUGAGAUUUCAUUCAAAGGAAGAACACGAGGAACUGCUCCGGACAGUCAUCACAGAGCACCGAACUCUCAGAAGAAUUCAAGAACUCAAGGAAGCACGUGCUGCUGGCUGUCGGACUUCAAUCGAGGCAGAUCGAUACCUUGACCACAAACGGAAAAGGGAAGCGGAAGAUAGUUCUCGUCGGGUCAAAGAAGGCGGUCAGCUUGUUCCGAAUGUCGUAAUCGCUUCAGAAUCAGUUGGCAAGGACUCACACUUGAAAGGGUCGUCAAGCUAUAAUGUCAACGAGCUGGAUAUCACGGCGUUGUUCGACACCCAGUUGCUAUCUGAAGCUGAGAAGCGGUUAUGCUACGAGAUCAGGCUGCCACCACCUCUUUAUCUGCAAAUGCAAGAGGUGAUGACAAAAGAGGUCUUCAGUGGGAAUGUUUCCAAGAAAUCCGAUGCUCAUUCAUUGUUCAAGAUCGACACCAACAAGGUGGAUAGAGUGUAUGAUGUUCUUGUUAAGAAAGGGAUAGCACAACCAUGA